UUUACUGAUGGAAAACAAAUUUUCAGUCUUUAGAUUACUGAAAGUUAUUCUUUAAUCGGUGAUUGAGAUAAUUGUUAUUCGGUUUUAAUUGAAUUUCCAAUUGUAAACAUUUAAUUUAAUUAAAACGAAAAUAAGUUCUCAGCGCCAUCUCUUGUUCUCUUGACUUUCCCGGUCUCUUAUUGGUGAGCAGAAAGUGAGAAAUUAUUUUAAUCCAGUCUCAUAGGGCAAAGUCUGAUCGUUUUUAGGGUUGAUUCUUAUUUUCCUGGUUUAUCAAAUUAUCUGAUUGAUUUGUGUUUUUGUUUUAAUUUGUUGUGCUCUCCAUUGGUUUAGACUUUGAUUUUAAUUGUUUCUCUUUCAUCUGCUUCAAAAUGACCAAGAAAAAACGAGGUGGAAAUUCAAAGAGAGGUCGUAAAGCCAAGGAAGAGGAAUUUACUGUUGAAUCAAUUGUUGACCGUCGAGUCAAUAGUGAAGGUGUCAUUGAGUAUCUUCUUAAAUGGGUUGGUUUUAGUCAUGAUGAUAAUACAUGGGAACCUGCUGAUAAUUGUGCAUGUCCAGAACUAAUUGAAGAAUUUGAAAAAGAAGCCAAUCGCCGAAGGAACAUUACUGACAUUGAUCUUGAUGAUACUGAUGCAGAAGAUGAAACUGAUAACGCCAAUAGUAGUUAUAAUAAAAAGAAUCAGAAAAAGGCUGAUGAUUCUGAAACUGAAAGUGAAAUGAAUGAAAAACCUAAACCAGCUUCACGUAAAUCUCGUAAAAAUGGAACCCGAUCUGCUUACAAGGAAGAUACUACAGAAGAUGAAGAAGAUGACCUUAUGGAAGUUGAUCGGUCAACCAUAAGUAAAGACAAUAUUGCCUUGGAAGAAUCGGAAGAUAGUCUGGAUUAUAAUAAGAGUAAAUAUUAUAACAAGGAAAAUGAUGCUUCUAAAAUUCAACCUGAAUUUGAGAUUGAAGAAGAUGAUGAUGACAAAAGAUCUGAGAAAAAAGAUCCACCUAGAGAUAAAUUUGAUGAAAUUAUGUUCAAAACUACUUCAUCUCGCUCAUCUUCAGCCAUCUCACCGACUACACCUACUAAUACAAUUUCCGAGAAUAAUUUGGCCGCCGAAAGAAUUUUAAAAGCGGGUCUACUCAAAGAUGGUAAAAUCCAUUUCAUCGUCAAGUUGGAAGGUCUAAAUGAGCCUCAAAGAUAUUCCGCUGCCGAUGCUAAUAAGCUUUUCCCUCAAGCAGUCAUUUCUUAUUACCAAACCAGAAUCAGAUGGGAAUGAGAAGCUUUUUUAUAAUUUCAAUUUACUCUCCCAGUUGAUAUCACUUUUUUCACAUUCUAAUCCGAUUUUCAUUCAAUUUUCAACCAACUUUUCUCUCUCUAUCAUUGUCACUCUAUUAUACUAUCCUUAUUUUUCCCAAGUCUUUUUCUUAUCCCAUACAUGAUGUUACUUUAUUUUUCUUUCUUCUGACUUGAAGCUUUAAAACUCUCUCAUUUGUAAGACACCAAAAUUGUUCAUCUCAAACAAAGAAAGUCUUCAAAAAGCAUGAAUUUCCACAUGUUCCAAAAUCAUUAAAAAAAAUUUUGACAUUUGUAUGAAAA